CUCACUGACUUUACAACUUUUGCCUAACUUUAAAUCUAGACUCUCCCAAUCAAGAUGUUUGAUGGGCUGGUGACCAGCCCAGGUUUUGUCCAAGCUGAGGACAAGGCUCUAUAUGUGCUGUCAAGGCUUGCUGUUAAUGAUCAGGAGAAGCAGCAGAUUGAGGAAGCAACAGUUGGCCAGGCUAAGAAUGCAUUAUGGUUUGCAUAUCGCAAGAAAAGGAUAACAGCAAGUAACUUUGGUUUGGUCUUGGCAGCAGUCAAGCGGAAGUCUUACCCGCCUUCCUUAUUCAAAACCCUGCUUGGCCAGUACAACCUCAAAGAAGGAUCUAAAGCAUGUGAUUGGGGAAUCCUGCAUGAGCCAAGGGCAAAGCAGGAAUACACUGAGCGCACUGGUGUUGUUAUACAAGAGAGGGGACUGUUCCUGUCUGAUAGUGGCCUGCUUGGUGGAUCUCCGGAUGGGACGGUGUUUGGAAACUGCAUGAUUGAAGUCAAGUGUCCGUGGUCAGCCAGAACCAAGACUAUCCUGCAGGCAGCGGAGAGUAGGGACUUUUUCAUGGAGUUUGAUGAAGUGAUUGGUUCCCUGACGCUAAAACAAACUCACAACUACUGGCAUCAGAUCCAAGGAAACCUGCACCUGACUGGAGCUAACAGCUGUCACCUGCUUGUGUGGACUCCUCUUGACCUUGUCCUUCUACCAGUGCUCAAAGACCCUACAUGGGCUGUGAACAUUGACAUUCUGGAAAUAUUUUAUAAAGAUUGUUUCCUACCAUACAUUCUCUCACGGUUGUAA